AUGCAACCGUCAGCGCUGGUGCAGACCGUGGCUUUGCACCGCGUGUGGCUUCCUCCCGCUGGUGGCAGUGAUGAUGGUGUAGAGGGUGAGUUGUCGUUGACUGCCGAGUUGGAGCCGAUCAUCGCCUUCACGGGGGCUGCAGGCGGCAGCAGCGAGGCGGGAGAGGGCAUUAUUGAGCAAUCCGAGUCCCUUCGUGUGUUGCUGAGACGCUUCUGUGGACCGUUGUUGAUGCGGCAGUCGAAGUUGGCGCCGCAGAGGCAUGAGACGGGUGGGCGCGACUUGCACUGGGUGGGCUUCACGUCGCCCGUUGCGGAGGAGGGAAUUUUCUUGCAGGUGCCGUCGCGCCAAUUUAUUGCUGCGUGCGUGCGUUUCGCCGUCAGCGGCGCGGCGAUGGAUGUGGUGCACUACAACAGCCUCGGGAGGCGCUGGCGCCGGGGGAGGGACCAGGCGGGCCCUGCCUGCGGGGGAAACUACGCUGCGGCCGACGAGGUCGGGGAUGAGGGCUACAUCUACGGCUUUGCGCAGUUUGUGGACGUGGGGCAAGCGACGGAGGGGCUGAUACUUUCCGCCUUUUCCACCUCACCCUUAUUUGACAUGCUGCGCACGGUGGUGCUGGAAACGCUGCCGCACCUUUGUCGCGCCGCAAGGGAUGCUUAUGCCGAUUGCCGCACGGCGUGGCCCGCGGAAAAGCAACGGAUCAUUUACGCCGUUUACGCUGACGUCAUGGCGCCUCUAGCAGAUCUCGUGGAACCGCGAAGUAAGGCAUGCAGCACACCCGCUAACAACCGCUUUUGUCUGUCGUUUCCGCAUGCAAGAACUUAUGUUCUGCGCCCGGAUAAUUUGCACUACCCGUGGGUGAAUGUCCCACUGCCUACCCUUUUUUUGAGUUUUUCGUACGAUGCGCUGCGUGUUAUCCACUCGCUCCUGUUGCAGGAGAGGCGAGUGGUUUUUAUUGGAGCAACGCCGCAGCAUGCCUCCGCAUGCGUUGUAAGCGCCCAGGCGAUGCUGUCGCCGUUUCUCUGGACGCUGCCGAUUGUUCCGUAUUUGCCACCCGAGGCGUGUGAAGUGCUUGAGGCACUUGGAGGUGCUGGGUUCAUAUUAGGAUCCACAGCUGACAUGGUGCCCCAUCUGAUGCUUCGCGGCAGUCUCGCUGACCCCCAACGGCGCUCCUGUGCGGGUGGGAAAGCCGCGGCAGUGGAAGAGGAGGAUGGGGGGCGCAUCUGGUUUGCGGAUGGCCGUACCGGUAUGAUUGGUGUCUCCCCUCUCGACACCGACGUCGUGCCCUUCACCAUGCUGGACCUGGUGCCUUUCAGCGAAAAGGUGAAGGAGGCGAUGAAGCGGGUUGUUACCAAGGAAAUGCGGCAUUUGUUUCGUGCGACCCUCGCGUCCAUGGCCACGCAGAGACGGGGAGGUGCCUCUCUGUGGUCUUCCACGCUCUCCCCAUGUACAGCGGCAGCCGCGGUGGAGGAGGUGCAUGGGGCGUUUCUCGAGUACAGCGUGGGGCGUCUGGUGGGAAACUACCGCAAGGGCUUAACGCCUAUGAGUAGCGGCAUUGGAGACGUUGGGGUGGGCGCGGCAUGCAGUUCACACCUGCGGGACAGUGUCACGUUUCUGAUUGAUUACGCACGCUUUCUGCCGUGCAACCUCGACAACAACGCAAACCUCGCGCGACGCAUCGCAGGCACGCAAAUGUUUCAUCACUGGGAGGAUGCGGUCUUGUCCCUUGAGACAGUUGGCGUCUUGCGCCUCCUCUUUGGGGAGUUUGCGCACAGCCAGGGCGGCAGCACCACGUCGUCGCUGCACGGCAGAGAGACGCUCGCAAUCGACCACUACGUUCCCCACCCGCGCAUGAUUGGGUUGUUGCGCCUCUUCUACGCUCGCUGCGCGCGGCGCUUCCCGGACCUGUACGGCGACCUACAGGGCAGCGAUCUGGUGCGACGGAGCGCGAGCAUCGCAACAGGAGGUACCCCCACCACCACCGCUUCAGUGACGGGUAUUAGUAGUAUUAGGACCAGCUGCCCCGUCACUGGCGGCAACGGCGGCAAGAAGUCCAUGCGCGCGUUUUUUUCCAAGGCGACGAAGGCGGUGAAGAAAAGUCUUGCCCCACCCUGCAAUCGACUUCCCGUGCAGGUAUUUGUGCAGGCGUACGGUAGCUUUGCCAAUAAUAUGGGUUACGUGAAGGACCCCAAUAAGCCUGUUUUGCUGAACAAGGAGUUUAGGGACAACGCCUGCGCCGCUGCCAGCUUUACCACAACGCAGAUUUCGGGUAGCUACUCGACGACACCAUCAUUGUCAGGCCCAACUGUAGCUUUUGAUGUUGAGGAUGAUCUUUACGGAAUCUCUUCGAACGUGUUUGGUGCCUACAUCGAGGACAGGGACACGUUGCGCCGCCUCUCAACAAGCGUGGGGCCAACAGCCCCCACCGUUCAGUGCCGGCGACUGCCAUUCGAUGUUAUCCAUCAAUUUGCCCGCUAUCACACACUUCUGGACCCCAGAAAAGACUCGAUGUGUACAACAGGCAGGCGUGCGGGCACGAUGGCGGGGUCUUCUGUGGAGGAGUUAAGGCGUUUCCUGGAGUUUGGGCCACUCUUCGCGGCCGAUUUGAGCAUUUGGCCUGUCCUCGAAUCCAAGCGACUGGCUCUGCUCAGCAUGCCAGUGCCCCUACCCGAACAGCCGCCGCAACAGCAGCCCUUUCUGCCCUCCACAAACGGUGGCGAUGCCAACCCGGGGGAAGUUCCGUUCCAGGCACUGCCUCUUCCCUUUUCGAUGGAUCUUGUCACGCGUCCAGUGGUGCUACCGCCCCUCCCAGAUACCGUUGCUUUUCAUGAAAGGCCAGACGAUGGCACAGCUACAAUGUAUAACCAACCUGAGGCGCAAAGCUGCCAAAAAUAUGCAGCCGCAGUGGCUGGUGGUGGUAACGUCAUGGAUGAUCUUUUUGCUUUUGCUGCACCGGGGUCCCAGUCUUCCGGCAUGACGAAUGUCCCCACGCGGCUGGAGGACUUCUUUCAGUAA